AUGUCGCAGCCUCGCGUUAAAUGGAUGGCCACCUGUGCCUCCUGGACCUGGGGCCUCGGCGAUGAGGGAGUCGCCUCGGUCCUAGAGGAGCUCGAGCAGCCCUCUAAUAAGAGAGAGCUUAUGGACUUCCUAGAGGGCAAUACUAAAACUUUCCUCCGAUCUGGCCUCGAUCCUGGUAAGUCCGUUAAACUCGAAGUUGCUUGUGGAGAAGACCUUCUUGUUGGCGAGACGUCAGCUAAUCCUCUAGAAAGCUUAGAUGCUACCCUCAGUGGACUACUAAUACCACUUAUCGACAAUACCAUGGUCGAGAAAGAGGCCUGGGGGCAAUGUAACGAAGAACAAAAGUCUGAGUUCACGGCUAGUAUCCGUAAGAUUUCCACCGGACUGGGGCAUGCUCUGAAGUCCAUGAGGGGUGGUAUCGAGCUACGUGGGAUUGAAAAAGUCGACGGCCUGCUUGGUGAAAAACUGCUGCAAUAUGCGGCCGUUGCAAACUAUAUAAGUAUAGUGGAAGAGAACCCAGAUGUUACUCUCGAAUUUGAGAGUCUCGUGGAGGUCUGGUCCCGCCAGGUCGAACAGUACCUUGAGAACUCGCUCGACUACGCUAGUGCCAAUAAGAUCUAUGGCCACGAGCCUGGGCCUAAGACUGAGAUCGAUUUCUGGAUGCGUAGAAUGCAGAAAAUUACCGCGGUCACCGAGCAGUUGAAGUCCAAAAGUUGUCGAGCCGUUUUCGGUACGCUGCACGCCGUUACGCGUGUGGGUCAGGAUGUUGCUCCAAAGUCUCGGCAAGUGGUGUUCAACACUCUUCGACGAUGGAAUCGGGUGGAAUUCUUGAUUACAGAGGCCUUCAACGAGGCUCAAGACAAUGUUAAGUACCUGAACACUCUGGAGAAGUUUAUGGAACCACUUUACACUGGUACUCCUGACAUGAUCUCGGACUCUCUACCAGCAUUGCUUAACGCUAUCAAGAUGGUAUAUACCAUUGCCCGAUACUACAACACGACUGAAAGAUUGACUAAUUUGUUCACCAAGAUGACCAACCAGAUGAUCAUCAACUGCAAGGCCUAUUUAUUGGGCGAUGAGCAUCCGGACAAGCUGUGGGAGACGAAGCCUGUAGUAUUGAUAAAGAAGCUCCGGGCUUGUCUCAAUCUCAACGAGGUAUACCAAGAACAGUACCAUUUCAAUAGGAAGAAGCUCCUAGCGCUACCGAAGGGAAAGCAGUUUGACUUCUCGGAGACUCAGAUUUUCGGAAGGUUUGACCUGUUCUGCCGCCGCGUGCUCAAGCUAGUGGAUAUGUUCUCGACCGUCCAUCAAUUCGAGUCACUGGCCGCGUGUCGGUUUGACGGUAUGGAACAACUAGUGGUCAGCUCCCGCACCAUUAUGGAGGAGUUCCGGAACAAACGACAUGACCUUCUAGAUUUCCACAACAACCGGUUCGAUCGCGAUUAUGUCGAAUUCAAC